AGCUAAUUUUGGGAAGUGACUUCACUUUGCGAAUGGGGAGGAAGUCCUAUCUCUCUCUCUCUCUCUCCCUCUCUCUCUCUCUCUCUCUCUGUCUCGCGCUCUCCUCUCUCUUCUCUUCUCUCCCCUCUGGUCUCCCUCGUCUUCCCUCCCCCCCCACACCCCUUCUUCCUCCCCUCGGCUGCUCCUGCUUUUCGCAUCACACACACUAUAUAAAUAUACGCGGAGAUGCCCAGAUACAUUCAUGCGCUGCGCACACAGGAUACUUGCUCCCGGGAGAUAAGAGCGAACUAGGAACAAUGCCGGGGUCCACGCCCGGCGCCCGCGCCCUGAUUCCCGAGAUACGUUCAUUAAUGCUUUUUCCAGCCGGAGACAAAUUUUGGGGGGGGGGGGGAGUGCAGAAGAGUUUACUCGGGCUGGGGAUAACCUGGAGCUUACUGCCCUGGAAGACCUGGACGCAAACCGAAGCAGACCAACCAUUAAAAAGUGCAUCCAAUGGACAUUCUUCCACUCGGGCCCUCGACUGCGGAGUCGCGCAAACUCCUGGAGCGGCUCACGCAACUACGCGGGCUCCUGCGGUUUCGGACGGACCUCGGCCGUCGGGGGCGGGGACUCGGCUCCCAGCGCGGUUAGCGAAGGGACGCCCUCGGGGCGGUGCGCCUCGGUCCCUCAGCUACUGGAGAGCUCCCGGCUCCGGGAUCCGCGGCACCCCAGGCCACUUAUCCGCGCCAUCUAGGGUCAAACCCCUCGCGCAUACCCCGACCCAAGGGCCCAAACCCUUGCGCCCGGGCGCCCGGGCCAGUGCUGCCUAUGCAGUGCCACCUUUGGCCCCAAGAAACCUACGGUACAGCGAGACGAUCCCUCCAGGCUGUCCGGCAGGUCUCCAGAACACAGCUUGCAACAUCCCCGCACCGACCCAGACCUCUCCCAGCCCAGACUCUGUCGACCUUCAAAUGACAACAAGGCUUUCAGGAGGGAGCAGGGAGACUGCUUCCCACCAGGACCUGACCAGAAACCCGGCACCCUCAGCCUCAUUCUCCCUCUUUCAGGCAGAAAGACCGCCAAUCUACCACAGGAGGCCCCCUUCUCGGUGCUGGGCAAACACUGAGGUCAUUAAUGGCCACCCCAGGCCAGGCAGUGGCUCCCCCUUCUAGGGCUUGUGAAGGCACCUCUGUGGCAAAACAUUGGCCAGUCUUCUCUUUCCAACUCCUCUUCUGCCUGGCAACUACCUGCCUUCACUGCUCUGAUCACCCCAACGUCCCUAGCAUCCCUGCCUCUCUUCUUGGGAGAACUCCAUGUGGAACUAAAUUAAAAUGAGGACUUGUCCUCCUGUUUGAACUGUG